GCGGGCUGAAGAGCUGCUGGGCGGGUUGGGCCGAGCGUGCGGCCGCCGAGUGCGCAGAGCCCCGGCCGCGGCUUGCAGGUCCCGGCACGUGCUUCCGGCGGCAACAUGGAGCUGGAGGAGCUGGGGAUCCGGGAGGAAUGCGGCGUGUUCGGCUGCAUCGCCUCCGGAGAGUGGCCCACGCAGCUGGAUGUGCCGCACGUGAUCACGCUGGGGCUCGUGGGGCUGCAGCACCGGGGUCAGGAGAGUGCUGGCAUUGUGACAAGUGACGGACAUUCAGUACCAACAUUCAAAACCCACAAGGGAAUGGGCCUUGUAAAUCAUGUCUUUACUGAAGACAAUUUGAAGAAAUUAUAUGUUUCAAAUCUUGGAAUUGGACACACGAGAUAUGCCACUACUGGAAAAUGUGAAUUAGAAAAUUGUCAGCCCUUUGUUGUUGAAACACUUCAUGGAAAAAUCGCUGUGGCGCAUAAUGGCGAGCUGAUCAACGCUACUCGAUUAAGGAAAAAUCUUCUGCGUCGUGGUAUUGGCCUGUCAACAAGCUCUGAUAGUGAAAUGAUUACCCAGUUAUUGGCGUAUACUCCUCCUGAGGAGCAAGAUGACACCCCAGACUGGGUAGCAAGAAUUAAAAACCUAAUGAAGGAAGCACCCACGGCAUACUCUCUGCUUAUAAUGCACAGAGAUGUUAUUUAUGCAGUGCGGGAUCCUUAUGGAAACCGUCCUCUAUGCAUUGGUCGUCUUAUUCCUGUAUCUGAUAUCAAUGAUAAAGAGAAAAAAUCCUCAGAAACUGAAGGAUGGGUGGUGUCUUCAGAAUCUUGUAGUUUUUUAUCUAUAGGUGCAAGAUAUUACCGUGAAGUCUUGCCUGGAGAAAUUGUGGAAAUAUCCAAACAUAAUGUCCGGACUCUUGAUAUUAUUUCAAGAUCUGAAGGAAACCCAAUGGCUUUUUGUAUCUUUGAGUAUGUUUAUUUUGCAAGACCAGAUAGUAUAUUUGAAGACCAAAUGGUUUAUACAGUAAGAUUGCGUUGUGGUGAGCGACUAGCAAUUGAAGCCCCUGUGGAUGCAGAUAUGGUUAGCACUGUUCCAGAAUCUGCCACACCGGCUGCUCUUGGCUAUGCAGGAAAGUGUGGACUUCCAUAUGUGGAGGUGCUGUGUAAAAAUCGAUAUGUUGGCAGAACCUUCAUUCAGCCAAACAUGAGGUUAAGACAGCUUGGUGUUGCAAAAAAAUUUGGAGUAUUAUCAGACAACUUUAAAGGCAAAAGAAUUGUUCUUGUAGAUGAUUCCAUUGUGAGAGGCAAUACCAUCUCACCCAUAAUAAAACUGCUCAAAGAAUCUGGUGCAAAAGAGGUACAUGUUCGAGUAGCUUCACCGCCAAUUAGAUAUCCAUGUUUCAUGGGAAUAAACAUACCAACAAAAGAAGAACUUAUUGCCAAUAAACCAGAAUUUAAGCAUCUUCCAGAAUAUCUAGGAGCAAACAGUGUUGUAUAUCUGUCAGUAGAAGGACUGGUUUUAUCUGUACAAGAAGGGAUAAAACUUAAAAAACAGAAAGCGGAAAAACGAGAUAUUAUGAUACAAGAAAAUGGGAAUGGUCUGGAACGUUUUGAAAACAAUGGUCAUUGUACAGCUUGUCUCACUGGAAAAUACCCUGUGGAAUUGGAUUGGUAGCUGGUUUGGCAUUCUUGUUCUUUCAAGAUAAGAAGUUGGUGAAGAUGUUACAGUUGUUAUACGUUAUGUAUUUACUGUUAUUCUGUUGGUACAAUGUAAAAUGCCACCUGCUUUAUAAGCUUUGAUAAUUUUUUUCUGAAGAGUACCAAAGUACAAAGUUUUCGAGACUAAACCCUAGAUUGCUGUUUUGGCAUUAUUUGGAUGAGUCUUUCAUUUUAUUUAGUAGGUUAGUGCUUUGAAGCUACUAAUGGUGAGACUUCAUAUUUAAUUUCAGAGCAUUGAAGUGUAAUACAAAAGAACAGGUAAUGUGUUCCCAAGUAAUGUACCUUUUGUGGAAUGUUUUUUGGGAGUUAUUGAACCUCAGUUGUGGAGUAUCUUCAGAAUUGAUCUUUGCUAAUUGCUUUUUUUCAAAAAGCAGCAGUAUGUGUUAUUUCUUGACUAGCCUUCCUCAUCUCUUCAGCAGAGGAAGGAAUUCAUGGCAUUUGCCCAGGACCAUGUUUCAGUUAUCAGAGGGUAGACUAAGUUGGUACAAACAGGUAGGUGAAUUAGAUAGAAUAUUUCCUGUGAAGCUCAAAUCUAUUAUACCUCAAAGGUGUCUGUCCCCUAGUGUUUCUGUUUGUAGUUGGGACCUUGUCUUCCCUGUGUACCAUGAUAGAAAUACUACAGGGGGGGGAAAUCUAUCUUUAGGUGCCUCACUUUGCCCACCAGUGUAAUGGGGUACUUAAGUGAUUAAGUCAGAUGAUAGGGACGUGUAUAAGUGUCAGGUUUUCAUUGGUUACAACCAUUACUUCACACCUACAUUUUAAAGUAGCAUGAUACUUGGCUUUGGAAAUAUUGACUAUUCGUCUGUAAUUAUACUAUAGUAGUGGAGAGCAGAAUUCACUGUGCCUUGCUGUCUCUUUUUUAAGCAAAGCAAGGUGUUUUUACUGAAUGAAACUUGCUUAGAAAGAUGUGAGAAGGGAGAAAGAGGGGAAGUGUGUUCAAGGGAGCAGGCUUCUCCAGAGUGGAAAUAAGCAAGCCAGGAGAGAAAGAGCCCUAGCCGUCUUUUCUGAAAUGCCUGAAGAACAGUUGUUGUGAAAGCAUGUCUGUAGAAGAUCUUUUCCUACACUGGAGUGAAAGAACGCCCCGUCCUGCCUCAGUGUUCUUACAGUAGAAGCCCAACAAAUAACUGUGUACGUUUUGAGAUAAAACAAUUUUUUAGAUUCUAACAAGCAACUUUUAUGCUUAAUUUGGUUAACUGUAUGUUUUUGUAAAAUGAAGUCUUUGAUCACUUAAAAGAAAAUUUGCAUAUAUGUUCAUCUGUGGACAUAUAUUGUUCAAAAUUAAAUGAUCAAGUGAAAACACUGGGGACCAAUAUUGUUUAAGGAAUAAGAAGACUUUUUUGGUACUUUGUAAUUAGCAUACCCAUCAACUGCCAAUUGACAAGUUGCCUUUUUUCUUUCAGUACUGACUUAUUGGGAGCUAAUGACUUAGAUCUUUUGGAAGGUUUUUUUUUUUACAUCUAGGAUUUAAGAUUUUUUAAGACACCUUACCCCAUCCCUUGUCUUUGUAAGAUUUUCAAAACAAAGUUGAUUUUUGCUUUGCUAUCAUAAUCUGAUGUAUAUUACAUUCAGAUCCAUUUGGAAAUUAAUAUUUAUUAACAGUUAAAGUCUUUUCAUUUAGUAUAUUCUCCCAUGUGUUUUAUUCCAGCAGGCUGAGAUAAAAUCUUGGCAGCUCUUUUGAGCCUUUUGCAGUCCACAGCAGUGGGUCAUGUGACCCCUGGCAGUAACACAAGUAAAUUAGCAGAUGAAUUGAGCCCCUGGACCAUUUGUGUGUAUUAGCCUCUUGUCUUAAAAUGUAUUCCUCAAAGCAGCAUGGAGGAGGCAAGACCAGUGGGUCAAUUUUGAACUAGCCUUACUCACUUUGGAUUUUUAAAAACAAGAAACUCAGGGAAAGUACUAAGUCAAAAUUUCUAACUUGACUUUUGUGUUUUUCAUGCAUUUUAUUUUCCAUAGUUUUUACUUUGCUUUAUUGAGAUGAUUUAAUAAAAGAAUAUUGUACUGUCA